AUGUUAUAUAAUUCAAGUUCCUCAUCUAUCAUAAAAGAAAAUGAACAAAAAAGGCCUAAGCUAACUACUGACAACAAUGCAAUCGAAGCUCCCAUUUAUGAAAUUUUGAAAGAUGAUGAAUUUGAGGGCAAAGGCAACACUAAUCUUGUAUUUGAAUUAGAAGAUGUUAAAAAACAAUUAAUGCAGUCAGAAAACAAUAAAUAUAUUACAUAA